GGAGAAAAGGUUUAAGAGCUACGAGCAUUUGCUCACAUGUCAUCCAUUGACCUAUGUGAUCCAUUUAAAAUCAUAAUUUUGUUUAUGUAUGGAUUUACUUCGUGACACGUAAAAUGGGAAGGAGAAUUAGCAUUAAAACCUUAAAAUUCAUACAAAUUCUCACUUACAAAAAGUUUAUAUAUGUUCAAUUUAUGGACUAUAAAUUCAUGCAUGUCACUUUCAAGAAUUAAAGUGAGUACUCAUUGGCUCAUAGAUAGCAAAGAAUUUCUUCAUUCGAUGAUAGUAGUAGUAGUACUAGUGUAUAAGCCAAAAUAAUAAUGAUUCAGAUAAUUAGUACUCCAUGCAAAUGCAAUGCAAUGCAUUUGAAUCAACACCAAUUUUCAUGAGAAGAAUUAAAUUUAAAGAAAUAAUAAGUUGUGGCAUUAAAGAAAUUUAUUUUGUUUGUGGGGGUGGGGUCUUAUUGUUGUUGCUGACUAGUGGGGCUGAAGUUCAGUGUACCACCCAGCUUGACAGGCACACCAUUGAUAAACUUCAUGCAAAGCCCGUGGGGAUGGGAUUCUGCCAUUAUGAUCAUUCAUGUGUGUCAGUGUGUCACUUCCUUUCCUUCUUGCUCAAACGCUGCUGUGUCCUGUGGUGGUGGUCCUUUCUCAGUUCCUCGUCCUACACAACUAGAACUCCAAACUCGUAACCAAUACCAAUUACACUAUCCAAAACACACAAUUCAAACCAAUAUCACAUGAGAUUUUGAGUGCUCUAUGUGAAGUAUAAACUUGGCUAUAAGCUAUCGUUCAUCUUUCACCAUUGAUUUAAUUUGGUUUGUGGGUCAGUUCUGACAUCAAAUCCCUCUGAUUGCAGUUGCGGAGGAUUGAACAAUCAUUCAUCUUUAAUCGUGCUCAAGGCGACCACUUAUUUCUACUCUGGCCCUACUUAUUCUCUUCAAAACUAUACAACACACAAAACACAUAAACAUAAAAAGAAAGAAAAGAUUCUCUUGCCAGUACACUUUUUUUGUUUUUUAUAACCUUCAUUUCCAAGCUACAUAAUUCACAUUGUUAAUGCUUCUUUUACUUGUUAUGGAAACUCCUUCAUUUCCAUUCCCUCCCAUUUUCUCUAGUUUAAAAUUUGAAGAUACUAGCAUCACACUCCAAAACCUUUCUUCUUAGUUGAAAUCAAAUUUGCUUUUUCUUUCUUCACUGUCUUCUUUAUUCUUCUUUUAGAAAGAAGAAAAAAAAACUAAAAUAAAAACAAAACUUUAUUUUGAAAAUCCAAUUUCUUCAUUUUGGUACCAAACUUGAACUGAACUUUCACUUUUCAUGCAUUUCAUUUUCAAUUUUUGAAUCCGCCACAAAUUAAGGCUGCGAUGACCGCCGUUAAAGGAAUGCAGUACUCAAUUGCGGCGGAGUACACCGGACCUCCGCCGGGAUACGAUCUUCCCCGUGCAGUACCGAUAACCGUCGACGGAAUUCCAGUUUCCGCGGUGGUUACAGAACUUUCUUCCUCCGACACUCCGUCAUUACCGGUUUCACAACCACUGUCGGAGCUGAAAUCGACAAGUUCGUCGUCUUUGGCGAUGGCAUUUGACCGGAGCAACGUUUCUGGUAGAACAACGGUGUCUCCGACGUCAGUGAUCGCAUUCGAAGAUGGAGCUUGUGAGAGCAACGGUGUUUCAGAAUCAUCAUCAUGCGAGUUGAGUAGUAAACAUUCACGUGAUUCUUCAACAAUGAGGAAUUCAAAUUUCGAAAAAGAAAGUUUCGAUUUCAACGAUUCAACGUUGAGUUCAGAUUACGCAUCAUUCUCGAAAAACAACAACGAACCUGAUGAUUCUGAUUCUGAAAACUACAACUGCAAACCGGUGGAGCCGGUUAAGAGAGAAACCAUUAGAAAGGGGAAGAAAGGUUCAUGUUACCGGUGUUUGAAAGGUAACAGGUUAACGGAGAAAGAAAGGUGUCUUGUAUGUGAUGCUAAGUUUUGUGGGAAUUGUGUGUUGAGAGCUAUGGGAUCAAUGCCAGAAGGUAGAAAAUGCGUUGGUUGUAUUGGGUAUCCAAUUAACGAGUCGAAAAGGGGUAGUUUGGGGAAGUGUUCUAGGUUGCUUAAGAGAUUGCUUAAUCGAUUGGAGGUUCGACAAGUGAUGAAAGCUGAAAGAUUUUGUGAAGUUAAUCAGCUUCCUCCUGAUUGUGUUUGUGUUAAUGGAAAUCCUCUUUCAUUUGAGGAAUUGGUUACAUUGCAAAAUUGUUCUAAUCCUCCUAACAAGUUGAAGCCAGGGCAUUAUUGGUAUGAUAAAGUAUCUGGUUUUUGGGGGAAGGAAGGACAGAAGCCUUGUAGUAUUAUUAGUCCUCAUCUGAAUGUUGGAGGACCCAUCAAACAGGAUGCUAGUAAUGGAAAUACUCAGGUUUUCAUCAAUGGCCGGGAAAUAACGAAAGUAGAACUUCGAAUGUUGCAGUUGGCGGGAGUUCAGUGUGCCGGUAACCCACAUUUUUGGGUCAAUGAAGAUGGUUCAUACCAAGAAGAGGGACAAAAAAAUACCAGAGGUUAUAUAUGGGGAAAGGCUGGAACGAAGCUUGUAUGUGCCUUCCUUUCACUGCCAGUUCCAUCUAGAUAUUCAACUUCAUGUGGAUUUCUAUCCUGCAAUGUGGUUACUAGAACGGCUCCUGAUUACAUCGAACAUGGAAAUGGAAUAGUUCACAAGCUCCUCUUAGUUGGUUAUAGUGGUUCUGGGACAAGCACUAUUUUUAAGCAGGCCAAGAUUCUUUACAAAAGCACCCCAUUCUCAGAAGAUGAACGUGGAAAUAUAAAGUUGACCAUUCAGAUCAAUGUCUAUGCCUAUCUUGGAAUACUCCUUGAGGGUCGUGAGCGUUUUGAAGAAGAAAGUCUAGGGAAUUUAAAGAAAAGUCAAUCAUUACUUCAUACUACAGGAACCAGUCCAAAACAUGGCGACAAGACAAUUUACUCCAUUGGCACAAGACUGAAAGCAUUCUCUGAUUGGCUGCUGAAAACAAUGGUUUCAGGCAAGCUUGAUGCUAUCUUUCCAGCCGCUACUCGUGAAUAUGCUCCAUUGAUUGAGGAGUUAUGGAAUGAUUCAGCCAUUAAGGCCACCUAUGAAAGAAGAAAUGAAAUUGAAAUGCUACCCAGUGUUGCCAGUUAUUUCUUAGAGCGGGCUGUUCAGAUACUGAGGACUGAUUAUGAACCCUCAGAUUUAGAUAUCCUUUAUGCUGAAGGAGUUACUUCAUCCAAUGGGCUGGCUAGUGUAGAGUUUUCAUUUCCUCAAUCAGCUCCUGAGGAAACUGGCGACACUGCUGAUCUACUUGAUUCUUUGGCUAGGUAUGAGCUAAUUACAAUACAUGCAAGAGGGCUAGGAGAUAAUUGCAAGUGGCUAGAAAUGUUUGAGGAUGUUGGAUUGGUCAUCUUCUGUGUUUCCUUGAGUGACUAUAAUCAGUUUUCUACCGAUGGAAAUGGUCGUCUCACAAACAAGAUGAUAUUGAGCAGGAAACUUUUCGAAACCAUUGUUACUCACCCAACUUUUGAGCAAAUGGACUUCCUGUUGAUAUUAAACAAAAUGGACGAGUUUGAGGAGAAAAUAGAACAUGCUCCACUGACUCAGUGUGACUGGUUCUCUGAUUUUCAUCCAGUACUUAGCCAUAAUCGGCCCAGCAGAAACAACAGCAGUGGCAUUAACAAUAACCCCUCCCUAAGUCAGCUUGCUUCCCAUUACAUAGCAGUUAAGUUUAAAAGGCUUUAUUCAUCUCUAACAGGGCAAAACUUGUAUGUGUCCUUAGUGAAGGGGCUGGAACCUGAUAGUGUUGAUGCAGCACUUAAAUAUGGAAAGGAGAUUUUAAAGUGGAACAAUGAGAAACCAAACUUCAGCCUAAGUGAUGACUCGAUGCAUAGCAUUGAGGCGAGUUCAUUCUCUCAUUGAUUGCUAGUUCAAGCUAGUGUUGUAAACUUGUAAGUCAUACAUGUGUGUGACUCGGAUUCGGUUCAUGUACAUAUAGUCUCAACUAGGAGUAGUGACACAGAAUCACAUUCCUUCUUCCACUGGCUAUAGAGUUGUAAUAUGCCCUUGACACUCUUUGGUGGCACACCUUGUGCCACAGAGAUCAAGGUGUAGUGCUCAAAUUCAUUUUUUUCGCACUGUAAUGUAAUAUAUCAAUGCUUAUAUUUUGUUGUGUAAGCUAUGCCUUCAACUUACAAUAGUUGCAAAUAGACUUUCUUUAAAUCACAUAA